AUGAAUCAGAAUUUCAAAAUGACUUCCCUCUUGACUUACACUUUUAAAAAUCUUCCCAGUACAUCAAAAUGGGCCCUCAGAUUUUGUGUGAGACCUCUGAGCAGUUCCUCCCAGCUACAGGCUGCUGCAGAUUCCCAGACUAAAUCGAAAAAAACCCUAGCCAAACCCAAUAUAAGGAAUAUUGUGGUGGUGGAUGGUGUUCGCAUUCCAUUUUUGCUGUCAGGCACUUCAUAUAAAGACCUGAUGCCACAUGAUUUGGCUAGAGCAGCACUUUUGGGUUUAUUGCAUCGGACCAUUGUCCCAAAGGAUGUUGUUGAUUAUAUCGUCUUUGGCACAGUUAUACAGGAAGUGAAAACAAGCAAUGUGGCUAGAGAGGCUGCCCUCGGAGCCGGCUUCUCUGACAAGACUCCUGCUCACACUGUCACCAUGGCUUGCAUCUCUUCCAACCAAGCCAUGACCACAGCUGUCGGCCUGAUUGCUUCCGGCCAGUGUGACGUGGUCGUGGCAGGUGGUGUAGAGUUAAUGUCUGACGUCCCUAUUCGCCACUCAAGGAAAAUGAGGAAAAUGAUGCUGGAUCUCAAUAAGGCCAAGACUCUGGCUCAGCGACUCUCUGUAAUUUCUAAAUUCAGAUUGAAUUUCCUAUCUCCAGAGCUUCCUGCAGUGAGUGAGUUCUCCACCAGUGAGACUAUGGGCCACUCUGCAGACCGACUGGCUGCUGCCUUUGCUAUUUCUCGGGAGGAGCAGGAUGAAUACGCACUGCGCUCUCACAGCCUGGCCAAAAGGGCACAGGAUGAAGGACUUCUUUCCGAUAUUGUGCCCUUCAAAGUACCAGGAAGAGAUACAGUUACACAAGAUAACGGCAUUCGUCCUUCCUCUCUGGAUCAGAUGGCCAAACUAAAACCCGCAUUCAUCAAGCCCUAUGGCACAGUGACAGCUGCAAAUUCUUCUUUCCUGACCGAUGGUGCGUCUGCAGUACUGAUUAUGGCAGAGGAAAAAGCUCUGGCCAUGGGUUAUAAGCCAAAGGCAUAUCUGAGGGAUUUCAUGUACGUGUCCCAGGAUCCAAAAGAUCAGCUUUUACUUGGACCAACAUAUGCUACUCCAAAAGUUCUGGAAAAGGCAGGAUUAACAAUGAAUGAUAUUGAUGCUUUUGAAUUUCAUGAAGCUUUCUCAGGUCAGAUUUUGGCUAAUUUGAAGGCCAUGGAUUCUGAUUGGUUUGCACAAAACUACAUGGGUAGAAAAGCCAAGGUUGGAUCGCCUCCUUUGGAGAAGUUUAACAACUGGGGUGGAUCACUGUCCCUGGGGCACCCGUUUGGAGCCACUGGCUGUCGGCUGGUCAUGGCAGCUGCCAACAGGUUACGGAAGGAAGGAGGCCAAUAUGGUCUGGUUGCCGCCUGUGCAGCUGGAGGGCAGGGCCAUGCUAUGAUAGUGGAAGCUUAUCCAAAAUAA